CGUCACGUCAAUGUUGUCAUUUGUUGAUUUACACCUACCUACCUGUGCGGUAGUAUUUUAUACCUACUUAAAAUUUUAAAUUCUUUUAAUCAUUAAUUGAUUCCAUUAAUCUCCAUCAUUGUUAAAGAAGUUGCUUUUUAAAUAAAGGAAUUCGCGUUGACUGACCAGAGUCCGCGAAAUCCACUAAAAUAUCUAGAAACGAUAAGCCGGGCGUGUCCUAUAUUAUUGAAAAGGAAUUGUAACUGACGACGUCUACAAUGUCACAAACUAUAACUUUUGGUGACUCAUGUGCUCCUAUUACUUGUCAUGCUUGGAACAAGGAUAGAACACAAAUUGCUUUUUCACCAAACAAUAAUGAAGUCCACAUCUAUCAAAAAGAAGGCAGUGAUUGGAAGCAAACAAACAACCUUGUUGAACAUGACUUAAGGGUUAUGGGGAUAGAUUGGGCGCCAAACACCAAUCGAAUUGUGACAUGCUCUGUGGAUCGUAAUGCUUAUGUUUGGACCCAGGGACCUGAUGGGAAAUGGUCAACCACCCUUGUGCUUCUUCGUAUAAACCGUGCUGCAACCUGUGUAAAAUGGUCACCUAUGGAAAAUAAAUUUGCUGUCGGCUCUGGAGCAAGGUUGAUAUCCAUUUGUUAUUUCGAGAAGGAGAAUAAUUGGUGGGUAUCUAAGCAUAUUAAGAAACCUAUACGCUCGACUGUCACCUCUCUUGACUGGCAUCCCAACAACAUAUUGUUGGUUGCCGGUUCGGCUGAUUUUAAAGUUCGCGUUUUCUCCGCAUAUAUCAAAGAUAUUGAAGACCAGCCCGGACCAAAUGUAUGGGGAUCAAAAUUGCCUUUGGGACAGUUACUGGCAGAGUUCCCGAAUUCGCCAUCUGGAGGAGGUUGGGUUCAUAGCGUUUCAUUUUCUGCUGAUGGAAACAAAGUUGCAUGGGUGGGACACGACAGCUCCAUCAAUGUAGCCGAUGCUACACAGGGCAAAGCUGUCUUUAAACUUAAGACUGAAUAUCUGCCAUUUUUGGGAUGCAAUUGGAUAACAAACAAUUCAAUUGUUGUGGCAGGGCAUAGUUGCAUUCCAUUGUUGUAUGCUUAUGAUGAGAAAGAAGUUAAAUUUGUUGCUAAAUUAGACAACACUCAGAGGAAAGAGUCGGGAGGAUUGUCUGCUAUGAAGAAGUUUCAAUCGCUUGAUCGUCAAGCUCGUAUUGAGACCAACGAUACUCUCUUAGACUCCAUUCACCAGAAUGCUAUUACUCAUAUCAGCCUCUAUAAAGGGACAAAGGCUAACACUGAAAAGUUCAGCACUUCUGGUUUGGAUGGACAACUAGUCAUUUGGGACAUAGAUUCCCUGGAGAGGAAGAUAGAUGGGCUCAAAAUAUAAUGAAAUGGCUCCAAUGAAUUUAUAAUUUUAUUUAAGGAUAAUAAUAUAAUCGGUUUGCGUGCGAGUUCUGAAUUCACUCCUUUAAUAUAGAUAUAUUAACAGAAAUACGAAAAGCUGUGGAAAUUAUAACAUCGCAAUCACAGUCUGAUCAGUCUAGCUAGGAGAAAAAUAAGCCAAUACAGAGAUGAGUGACUUCAGUUGCACAAACAGUAAAAAUUUUCAAAUAUACAGAAUAAACUAUAAUUUAUAGAUACAACUUCUAUGUUUAUUUUUUUUUUAUUUAUUUUUUAAUUAUUAUACAAUUAUAAAUUUUAACUGAUCGUAAUAAAGUAAUAAGUUAUAUAAAUUAAAACAUACAACUACAGCCUAUUUAUAAUUAUUAUAGAUCACUUUUAAUACUACUGAAGUACUGAUUGCUGUCAAUGUUACAUUAAAAUUUAAGGAAUCAA